ACAUAAACAUGUACUAUAAAAUUGCACGGCCACGCAUAACAUGAAACGUGAUGCGAAGUUCUACAAUGUCCACGGACAAUUUUUAUUUGAAUCAACUUUUUUUAAGGGCGGCGGUUAUAUAGAUCCGAAUGACACAUGUUUACAUAUUUUAACUACGUAUAACUUCUUAAGCUUUUACUUUUGUUAGGUAUCUCAAAAUCAAUUAAAAUCUCAUCAGAAGAAAUGGACUCAUUAACUCUUAUUACAAAUUAGCAUAUUUCUGCCUGCAUAACGACUUUAAAAAAAGUUUAAUACAUACUUAAAUAUAAUACGGAUACCUACCUACGUUUGUGUCGCACCAUUGUAGUCGGCUGUGCUAUACAUAGACAUCAAAAGUGGAGUUCUCCUCAAAGAAGCAAAACUAUGAAUAACAAGUUAAUAUUGUAUGGGGACGAGGUAUCCCCGCCAGUUCGGUUCGCGCUAAUGGUUGCAUCUAUGUUGGACAUCAAGUUGGACUACCAACACAUAGAUCUUUUUAAAGCUGAGAAUAAAUCUCCAUUUUACACGAAGAUAAAUCCAUUACAAAAAGUACCCGCGUUGAAAGUCGGCGACGAAGUAAUUUGCGACAGUCAUGCCAUUGCCUUAUACCUGUGCCGUAUCGGAGAUGGUCAGAGACUGUAUCCAGAAGAUCCAGUUGUAAGAGCUAAAGUUGAUCAGACCAUGUUCUUUAACUCUGGCACGUUGUUCCCGAUUGACAGCUUUAUUUAUACGGAAUAUUUUCGAGGCAAGUGGCCUGCUAAUGAUGAGAAGAUUAAAGAAUGGCAUUCUGCAGUGGAUCAUUUAGAACAUCUCUUGGAUAAUCAGAUGUGGUUGGCUUAUGACAAGGUUACACUGGCUGAUUUGUGCUGUGCAAGUACAGUAAGCUCGCUUCAACUAUUGGUACCUCCAUUGGAUCGUCAUGUAAAAGUUAAGCAAUGGCUAGGCAGGUUACCCAAGCUCUCUUGCUAUGAAAUAAAUUUACGUGGAUUAGAGCUAUUGAAAUCUAAGUUACAAUCGUAGUAGAGAAUAUAUUUAAGUCAUACAAGGUUUUCUUGGAACUUAACUGAAUUAUGUCUGAACAAUAAAGAAUUUAU